AAGAAUUUUGGAUAUUAUUCUUAGAUUUCUCAUGUUCUGGAAAACAGAGCCGUUGUCAUUGUCGCCUUGUGCGUAGAGCAUGUCGGUCUCACCGUCUGGCUCUCCGCCUCGUCGGGCAUUGCAUCAGCGAAGUCAUUCACAGAACAAUUCUCAAAACAAUCGUCUUGGGAUUCGACUUGUUCCCUAUAGUCCGCCACGGGUUGCAUCAGAUGCCACCGCCACAUCGUCCAAGACAAUCACCCAGGCUGACACGAAUACCGAGACCGAGACGGAACUUGAACGGAGUCAGACAUCCCAUUCCUCCAGCCCACAGUUUGAAACGCCAACACCAUCACCAUCCCUGCAAAGGGCACGAGCGAAAACGACAGCGUUACCUCCGUCAUCAUUCAAAGGUUUAACUCGAUAUUCAUCAUCCGAUUAUGAACCCAGCCAAUCUUCCUGGGCGCCGCAUUAUGACCACGACGACAAUACCUCUAAUGCUUCACGCCCACCUUCUCGCGGACCUUCAGCCUCACCAAAACCCCCUUCUCGCAAAAAGGUUAUCAAGGUCUACCCUGACAAAACCUUCUCUGUACAAUAUCACAAUGUUUCUAUGUCCUCAAGAGUGGAAUCUCUCUGGUCCCUUCCCCCGUCUUUCACCACUGGUAAUACCUCUUACGGUCGAGAAUCUGUGGGUACGAUAGGCGAUGAUCGUCAAAGCCGGCCAACUUCACCUUUGACUCCUCUUGCAGAACGAGAGCCCAGUUCCCCAGUUAUUUCGUCUCGGAUUCAAGACCCAUCAACCCCCGACAAUUCGUCACCGUGGAACUACCGCCUGUUUGGAGGCCUGCGUAAAGUACCUAAAACCCCCGACGUGAAGCAAAAACAGCCAGAGACCCAAGAUGUUGCAGCAGAGUUGUCCCUCCCUCCGCUACCUGAGGUUGAUUUUCCUCUUUCUGAAGCAGGCCCUUCUUCAAGGUGGCUUAAUGAGAAGACAUCCUUCCACUCUUCGUCGUCUGAUCAAACAAGAACCACUGUAUCGAACAGAACCAACAUCAAAACUUACAGAGAGAGCUCCCCAGUCAACGUUGCCGACUUACGUAGCCUGCCACCGUCGUCAAUUCACUCCAACGUUGAGUUAAUCGGUGACCCCUCUUCAGCUGAAGCCUCAUUGUACGCCAGCACUCGGCCACCUACCGAAGACAGCAACGUCAACUUUGUUACCCACGGCAGCCACGGCAGUCACUCAGCUUCUUCCUCUAUCGUGGCUGUCAGACAUCGAACACAGCCUGAGUUCUCUCAAGAGAGCUUGGUCGUUGCCCCUUUGCAGCCACGCAAAAGGAGGUCUUCGGAUACCUUUGCCCUCGCUAGAACCCGAUCCCGUGAAACUAUUCGAUCUCGCUCUGCAUCAAUAACUUCACUGUCAACUAUCUUCACUCAAGAGGCUACUCGUGCUCUUUUUGUUGGACCACCAACAAUACUCCAGCACGCUGGUCCUUCGUGGCAAGACCUGAACCGACCUCAAUCACGACCUCAUCAAUGGAGCGGCCAAUUGUCAACAGUCAUGUCAGAAAGCGAGGGUGGCAGCGAGCCCGCAUCCCGCACCCUGUCGCUCUCCUCCGUUCCCCGUCGACGUGGUAGUGAUCAUAGUAAACAUGUCUUGAGCAUGACUUCCUCACUCUUUGGCCUUGAAGAGCACGUCGAGAGCCCUUCUCAGUCAAGAGGCAGCACCCCUUCUCAUUCGAGAAACAGCUCUCUGGAACCCCCUGCCGCAACCUAUGCCAGAAACUCAGCCCGCGAUCCCGCAACUGGUACAAUACGUUUGGUUCGCGACCUUGAUGAAGACGGAGAUGGUCUUGCUGACUUGGAAGUACUUCACCAUCGUCCUUCGCGAACCAGAAUGGGAAGGUUCCUGUCAAGUUAUGCCUCGGAUCGAAGCCUGCGAUCAACUGCCAGCUUCAACGCCGCCGUUCCUGCUUGGGCCAAGGUUUACUACGGCAGUGGUGAGCGUAAGUGGCUGGCUGCUCAGCCUUCAAUGGAGUCCAUGUACGACUCUGACUUCUACGAAAGCGACCAUCACGAGCCUCAACUCAGCCGCUCGCCUAGCCAGGAUGCCAAUGCCACCAACAUUCGCAUUCCCAGGCGCCGACCUCGCGACGCAUUUCCCCGACAACAUUCAAAUGCAGG